ACCUGGAUGCGGGACGCACGGCUGCGCACGCGGAGCAGCUCUUUGAAGGGAUGUCUCAAGACUUUCGCCUCGAAAAAAUCCUGCUCGACUUGAUCUGCGAGCAGCUCCCUUAUAACCGCGUCUCCGGAGGCAGAAAACUCCACACAAGGAGCGAAAUGUCUCAGCAGCAGCGCGCGAGUAUCGUCCCCACCGACGCGGACUUUGAUGACUUCAAGAAACAGUGUUUAUCAACCGAGAACUGGGUGACCAAGUACAACAAGAACGGGAAGCAGGUGCUGGUCGAGGUCAACCCCGCGAAGAAGAAAAGUCAACAUCCCAAAAUCCACAAGAUCAAGUGUAUCCUGUCGAUAGACGACGUGUCCGCCGCCACCAUGUACGACGUCCUGCACGACGGGGAGUACAGGAAGACGUGGGACUCCGCCAUGAACGAGAGCUUCGACAUCGCGAGCCUCUCCGACAACGCUGAUGUCGGAUACUACUCGUGGCGUUGUCCACCGCCCAUAAAGAACAGAGAUGUAGUGACUCUGCGUACUUGGCGAGUGAAGGAUAAUGAGUACAUCAUCUUUAACUUCUCAGUCAAACACCCGGAACACCCGCCGACCAAAGCCAACGUGAGAGCCAUUUCCAUCCUGACUGGUUAUUACAUCCAGCCUACGGGACCAAACAGCUGUCAGUUUACCUAUCUCUCACAGGCCGAUCCUAUGGGUUCUCUUCCAAAGUGGGUGAUCAACAAAGCAUCUCAAGUCCUCGCUCCCCAGGUGAUGACCCACGUGCACACGGCGGGCAAGGGCUACCAGGAGUGGAAACUCCAGAACUCGCCCGGUUACAAGCCGUGGCUGUACCCCGAGCAGAACAGGCUGCCCGCCAUGGAUCCCGCCAAGCUGUCUUUGCAGAGAGCGGACGAACUGGAACACGUGGACGAAUCCUCCAAAGUGGACGCCCAGGAAUGCAAGGACAGCAGAUAAAGCAGGAGGCGGGGACGGAAAGGGAAGGAUUGGGAGACGGACUGUAAAUACUCAUCGAAGCAAUAAGACUCCAGACCUCAGAACUCUGCUGUUACAUCCCAAUGAUCUCCAUCCAGUGUGCCUUUUUGGGAUGAGCAAGAAUAUGAAGUGUUUACCAGAUAGAAAUGAGCACGGAUCAAGUUGCCGUUCACCUCAGUCGUUGUUAAAAUAAGCCAAAACCAGGUCUUCAGUGGCGUCCCUUCUCUGUAGUGUCUGAGGAUGCGACAGAGCUUUAACACUACCUUUACAACGGGCUGUCCGUUUGGCCAUUUUUACAUGCAGUUCAGUAAAACAAAGUUUAAAGUUGACACCAAUUGAGAGGUUUUUGUCCCCGAACCUCUUCUUAUAAAUGACUGUGAAUGGAAAGCUUGGGCAUCAGUGUCUGCCGAUUGAAGAGUUAUGUUUUUCUGACACCACGUUUCCAAACGUUUAAACCAGUCUUUUUGUCUUUUAGAGUUUAUUCAGACAGAGAAGAGUUUUGUGUGUGUGUGUGUGUGUGUGUGUGUGUGUGUCACACUGUUAAAACACAAGUUGGUAGAUUCACAUGACGCCUGCUUUGGUAAAAGGUUGUGGGUGGGUGUGUGUAGCAGCUCUGGAUAAUCCGCCACUAUUGUUAUUUUAUUUUUGCAGACCAUAAGUUCACUUUAUUUGUCACGUUUAGUUAGAAAAUCUUCUGCCGUGUGUAAUGAAAGUCGACUUUCUGAAGGUUUCCUGUUGUUGUGCACUGUAAGAUGUUCGACUUGCGUCGCCUCACGUGGAGGAAACAUGGAACGCUGUUUUAACAUGCAAAAUGUGCCUGUUGAAUGUCACUUUAUCUGAAGAGUUUGAAUAGACAUGUCUGUUUAUUUAAUGUAUUUAUUUGAAGUUACUGUAUGUUCAGAUGAAUGAAGUCUUGGUGGUGGACAGGCCCCUGAAAUGAAGCCCUGCAGGCUGAGCUCAGUUUUUUGUUUUUCUUUUGUCUUGAUAUUUUUUUUUUUUUUUUAAGAAUGUUGCACAGUCUCGACUUUUUUUUUAAAAUAAACCUCAUGAGGUUGAAAUGCGUUGGAAAAAAAUCACUGUCAUUCAUGGCAUCUUUCUAAUGACAGUCAGUUUCAGCAGAAACCAGCAGACGAGAGCACAACAAGUUUUGCUGCUUAAACCUGUGUCAAACCAGUUGAUUUCCAGCAGGUUCCUCAAGUCCGUGAACAGAAACGGAGGCUACUCAAGUUCAAAACCUUUCAUUUCUUAAUUCAUGCCAGUCAUAGCACUUAGUUUAGGAAACAGGUUUAUCAGAUCAGUCAUCACACACCAAUGAUGAGCAGGUGAAUGGGAGGUUAUUUUUAUUCUAUUGCAAAGAAUUACUGCAUAAACAUGAACCUCAAUUCUCCCACGAGGCGAGCUCGUAAAAACAGGCAGGCUGCAGGAAUCUUGCAGCUGCAGAGGCGACAAGCUUUGCAGUCAAACGUCUCUAAACAAACUGCGGCAGAUCAGAUGACAGAGUAAACAGAUUUUAAGUCAUUGAAUGGAAAUAGUUUUACAAUAUACCAAGGGAAAUUUUUAAGUUGCCACUUUUACCCAUCCCUAGGCCAGAACUCAAACACAUCAUGUCUUCAACACACUUUUAUU